AUGAAUAUACCUGACCUUCGCUCAUUUUGGAUGUGUGCAAGAGAAAAAAAUUGUUGGUGGACCUGCGAUUCAAUAUCGACAAAUUUACCUUCGGGGUGGUGUUUUAGAUCGACUCUCUUCAUGUUAAAACAGUUAUAGGAAGUUGUCCUGCACAAUGGGGGAGCAACCAAUUUUCACUUGCAACGCUCAUGUGUUCCACAUAGAUCCCAAAACCAAACGCACCUGGAUAACCGCAAGUUCGAAGGCCAUCGCCGUUAGUUUCUUCUAUGAUUCCUCUCGCAAUCUCUAUCGAAUCAUCAGCGUUGAAGGGAGCAAGGCUGUUAUCAAUUCCACUAUUACUCCUAAUAUGACCUUCACUCAAACAUCCCAGAAGUUUGGUCAAUGGAGUGAUGUACGUGCCAAUACUGUGUACGGGCUGGGUUUUGCAUCGGAAGCGGAACUUGGAAAGUUUAUAGUAAAGUUUCAAGAGGUAAAGGAAGCCACUAAGGACGCUCUCAACAAGGCCUCCGCCAAUGGCAACUCGGCCGCAGCUUCGGCUAACGCAUCGCCAAUAACGGCUCGUGCUUCGGCCAAUAGUGGCGAUAUCUUCGAGUCUGGAAACUUGGAGCCACCACUAGCACCGGCAAGUACCAUUUCGACAAGUUGUAAAACGGAUAGCCCAUCGCACAACAAUAUCAGUGAGACGAAUGCUAACAAUCUGAAUAGCGAACUCAAGCAGUUGUCAAUUAACAAUACAGUAUCGAGCGAUGGCACCGUACCUUCGACGACAGAGCAACAGCUUAAAUAUGAGAACGAAAGAUUAAAACUUGCAUUAGCACAAAGUUCUGCCAACGCAAAGAAGUGGGAGAUAGAAUUGGCCACAUUGAAGAGUAAUAAUCUACGACUAACGAGCGCUUUGCAGGAGUCAACAGCAAACGUAGAUGAAUGGAAGCGGCAGUUGCACUCAUACAAAGAGGAAAAUCAAAGAUUAAAAUUACGCUACCAAGAUCUGGAGGCCGGCAAGGGUGGAGCUGUACCUUUGGCUGGCGGUGGCAAUGUGGCCGGUGUAGCUUCGACCGAGCUAACCGAAGAGCUGAGACGUGAGAUUGUAUCGCUGAAAUCUAGAAUCGAGGGGCUGGAGGCAGAUCUUAUGAACCAAGAAGUGGAACUUAAGGCAGCCAAUAAAUCGCUCAAAGAUAAACAAAACGAUCCCACGUUAAAACAGAUGACAAAUCUGUGCAAUCAGUUCAAUGCUCAAAUAACGGAGCUUAGUGGCAUUCAGAAGGAAAUGGAAAAGUUGAUUCAGGUCCAGCAUAAAUCUACUUGAGAUAUGAAUGUGCCAAAAGCAACGUCUACGGCUGGCAGUUACUUUGCCGUAGAAUACCAAUCUCCCACUACGCUCGCAAGCGGUUGUAAUUCAAACGUGAAGGUUGCAUCUCUUCCAGGUAAAGGCAUAAGUGCAGCAACUAGUGUGUCCUGUUAUCGUACCAACGUAAAAAUACCACCAAUAGGAGAGUCAGAGCGCGUUGGUGCUACACAGCGAGAGGAACUAAACAUCACUUCCGAAGGAAAUUUGUCAGCAAAACGAUCGGUAUCACCAGACAAACAGUCUCUAGCUGGCACAGCGCUGCCCGGUGGAAAUAGAACUGGGUCCACAAUUGUUUUAAUCAGCACAAAAAUAAGCAACCCAUCGGUAGCAAAACUAGGUUCUGCUGGCGGCGCAUUAGGUGCAACGAUAAAAACGACGGGAACGUUAUACAAUAUUCCUUCGUCCCCUGUGGCAAUCAACGAUGAAGGCGAUAAUCGCAAACAGUCGAUGCUCUGCCAAGAAAUAGCCAAACUGACUGGUGAAGAAGAGGGCAAUGGUCAAUCCGAGGCCCAAUCCACCAGUAAAACCGCAACCAUACUGGUUUCGAAGCACAAGACCAAGACCGGACUACCUUUGCUAUUGAAAAAAUCAAAAAAGUAACUAUAUUAUCUCCACUCUGGCACGCUCUUAUUCACACAAAAGCGGACAAAUAACGAAAACUAUAGAGGUACAAGAUCGAUUUCUGAUUCGAAAAGCAGAACAGAACGGUAACAGUAUUAGAGCAUUUAGCUAUUGUGUAUUGCAUCGUAAUGCUAUUUUAAAUUUUUGUUUUAAAUUAUUCGCCUAUUUUUACACACUCACGAAACAUAGACGCCAUUUCAGUAAUGUUGCUGGUCCACCAAGAUUCUACGAUACUCACCGAUCACGCAUCAUGUCUCGAAACAUGAAUCGAGGUGAAACUUUGCCUGUUGAACAAACGGUCUCAAAUCUCCAGUAAUUAAAAGGUACCAAUCAACUAUUUUUAAGCAAACAAUGGCAGUACAAUGCUAAACUCUCUCUCAGUGCACGAUUCUUAAGUAUUAUUGUACUUUAGCGAAACAUGAUUUUAACAUUUAAAUGAUUGCUGAUACCUUGUCAUCACGCACAAUUUUAAUUUCGAUAGCAAUAGCAAUUUCCUAAACACAAACAUUCCGCAAACGAGCCAUGAUGAUUGCCAAUAUUUUAGCGCAUUUGCUGAACAACGUUUUAGUUUUCAACCGACACUGAUAUGCGUAAAUCUCACGGAACUGGUUACAUUUUAUUUACUGCCGUAACCUACGCAAGAUGGGGCAAUAUUUUGAAGUAACGUGAAUCUCGAAUCGUUACAACAAACAAAAAUGCCAAAGAAUUUUGUUUUAAGUUUUACCCUGGACCUUAUGUUACAAAACCGAAAAUCUGAGCAUAUAGUUAUUUUUUUUUACCUACCGAGCAAUGUCGUUUUAAGUUAGAUUAGAUAGAGCCGAACAAUUAGUUGUGCUUCAAUUUAUGCAGCUUAAAAUAGACGGAAUGUAAGUACCAUACAAAAGAAAAGCCACACAAAACUAGACCUAUGUUUUAAAAUUCCAGACGUAAAAGGUAUAUUAAUAGCGAAAUGAUGAUCAAAAUAUAAAUGAUAGGUGAUAGUAAGGGAAACGAAGGAUGCGUAGACGACGGAUUGUGGACAGAAUGAGCCAGACGUGAGAGAACAGUUGCGUGUUUUGCAAAGGAAACAGUAUUUGAGGAUAGAAUAUAAUAGCAAAAAUCGAAUACGAAUGCGACUACGAAAUAGAAAAGGACAUAGUAAAAAGGCUAUAGCAGUUGUUAAAAUGAUACACUCCACUCCAUGCGUACGCAAACCUAAUAGAAGUUUUGCCUAUUACUGUGGUACAAUUUAUCCAUUUACUAUUAUUAUUAACUAAUCUUAUGAUGAUACACGACCGAUCAGAUAAGUCAGCAGAACCGCGCUUACAAGCUUGCCUCCCCACACAUCGAUACAGACAGACACACAGCCACAGCCACAAGGGCAGCUUCGUACAAGGAAUGCAGUUGAAUGGUAUCAGCGUGCUGCAAUGAAAGGCAAACAUUCACGUGUAAUUAUCAUCAUAAAUAAACCAUUGCGCUGAUGAUGCAGAUCAACAGAACUACAGUUGAGUUUCGGUUCUCUCUUUCGGAGCGAUCGUUAUACACUAGAAUUUGAACUGAUCGAGCUGAUACCCUCUAUAUAAUCCUCUCUUUAACAUUUAUCAUUCGAAAAGUUUUGUUUUGCCGAAUGCGGGGAAAGGAUUGCUGCUAAUUAGAUGUUUGCAAUGUCUAGAUCUUACAGCCAGGCGAGUUGCGCAGUGCUGAAUGUUUAUGAACAAGUUUCCAUUUAUCCAAGGGCUAGUUGAAUCGGUAAACCGAUAUCGUUCGGCGGAGAUGGCAUUUAAAGAGAAUGUAUUCCUUGAGCAUGUUAAACGUGAAGCACACAACCAUAACGAGUUUGUUGUGAACAAGAAGCCUCAAACUUCUGCUACGCAAUGUGAUACGUUAUCAGUAUCCUUUGCAACAGCUCAACAUAUUCAACCAUUUUAUGGCUUUAAUUGGCCCAUUAAUUGCGCGACGGAAACUACAUUCGUUUAGGGGAUAAGAAAAUCAUGAGUGGAACUGUGCGUGUUCAGAAUGAAUGCUAUAGAGUGGAGGGAGUCUUACGAAAGCAUGUUACAGCCAAGAAACUAUUUAAAUAUAUUUAAAAAAAACACACACACAUAUAUACACAAUCUUUACUCCUCUGGGGCGGCACAUAAACCAGAACAGAGAGAGAGAGAGAGGGAAAAACCAUAUAAAAAUGAAAAAUUAGGGAACUCUGGUAUAAGUAAACAAACAAGCAAACGAAAAAGUAUGUUACUGAUAAUGCGCAAAUACUCCUUUUUACAAUAAAUCGAAACCUGUUUGUCUACAGUA